AUAAAAGUACAAAGCUUGGGACUUUUCUCUACCAGGUGGCGGUGAUAGUGUAUGGGCAUAGCAGUAGACGAUAGUAAGGUCCAAGUAGCAAACGCGGUUUGUCAAAUGAACGUAGAUGAACUAAGAGAAAAAGGAAAUGCCUGUGUUAAAGAAGGCAAACAUGAGGAGGCUGUUUUGCAUUAUUCCGCAGCGAUCCAAUCCGAUCCCAAUAACCAUGCGCUUCACAGCAAUCGUUCGCUUGCGUUCCUGAAAAUUCAGCAGUAUUUUUUGGCCUACAAAGAUGCUAUUCGGACCAUAGACUUGAAGCCUGAAUGGGCUAAAGGUUACUUUCGUAAAGCUGAAGUGGAAAUGGCUACAUUUCAUUUUGAAAAAGCUUUGACAUCAUAUUCAAUGGCAUUCCACCUUCAAAAAGAUGACCGAUCUCUCAUUGAUUCAAUGAGAAAAGCAGGCAGGGAAUUGAAAAAGGAUCAGAGGGCUGAAAAACAAAUUCCUUGGGUUGGAGCUGGAAUUGGGAUCAUAGUUGGAGUUGUAAUUGUUCUUGCAGACUACUUGAUUGUAGACAAACCUGUUUUGGUGCAUCCUAUUCUCAAAGUGCUGAUGACCAUUGCCAUUUCUUUUAUUGGAUUUGGAUUCUGUAAAUUAUACAGAUAUUAUGUUAAAAACCAAAGAGAUUCUCUACUGCAACCUCCGUUUGAUCUCUCCGGCGAAAACGAUAGUCUUGAUAAUAAUAGUCAUGAGGAACCUAGCGAUGGCGGUGCCACAAGGUUACCUGAAACGACCCAGAAGAAAUUCACAAAAGCCCAAGCCCGACACCGAUACCGGAAGGGGAAAGCAAACUAAACUCGAGUGUCUAUUCAAAUUAUACUGCCCAUUGAUUUCUUUUUUCCUUAUACAACUAUUUCACUCAUUUACUAUUCCAAAUUACUAACCAAAUUACUAACCAUCAACUAUCAUGCUUCAUCCAUCAAUCUAUCAAAAGAUCAAGUUCAUGAGAUAGAUGGCAGCGCAAUCCUGUUCUAGCAGACAGUACAUUUGUAAAUACAAGGGAAGUUCAAUGACAUAA